AUGAGGGGGUUUGAUGGAUCCAGUGAAGCGAAAGAGGAUGCAAUCCACGAACCAGAGAAUAAAGAGCUCCAGAGACUCAAGCAAGAAAAUAUGAGACUCACCGGAGAGAUAGUGAUAUUACGGCAGAACAUGAUUGCAUUGGAAAAGCAGAACUUUGCAAUGAAAGAGCAGAAGAGCCGAGAAGCCUUGGAUGGUCUUCGGAAGACAGAGAAGCUAAAAAAGGAAGUAGAUGUCCUUAGGAUUGAAAGCCGAAUAAGGGAGAAUCAGUCCAGGGUGUUUAAAAAACAGAAAGGUAAUGCAGAAAUUGACAUAAAGUGGGCACUCUCAAAGUCAAACUGUGGAAUAGGCUUCACUUUAUUUCCAUUUGAGUUUAACAGGCUCAAGUUCCUAAAAGACUUCUUUUAUUCCGAUUUCUGCCAGUUAGACUCCUCAUCUGUGAUCAAAGAAAUGAGCAAAAAAAUAUCAAGAUUCAAAGAGUUUCUAGACUUCUACAUACUGUUUAGCUGUAAGGCAGAUGUCUUCAGGAAAUUUUUCUGUAUGGUGCUCAUGAACCCGCUGUUUCCGGAAGAAAAAGUGAAGCUAUUCAAUACUUUGCCAUUGGACUGGAUACUUAACUUCAAUGACGAGGAGGUCAUUUCUCUUGUCAAGGAAUACAUAGAUAGAAACUACAAGCAGAUGGCUCUCUUUUUGGGAAGAGUGGUCAGAGAAAGACCAUUUCUUCUGAAUAUUCUUGUUAGUAGAGAAAUGUUUACAGAGCUGGCUAAAAUCGAUUCAAAAGCUGAAAAAAGACUUGUAUCUGAAAUAUGUAAGAAGGGAGGCUUGUCUCUUAUUGACUACACAAACAUCCAUUACAUUCCACAAGAAGAUCUGAAGGCUCUCUACAAGGAUCUAUACUUUGAGGUUUAUCUUGAUUCCUGA